AUGUCUUUCAUCAAGUCCCUCUUCACGAGCGCCCUGCUCGUUAGUCUGCCCCUGGCCUCCGCUCUUCCUCAUGGAGCCCAUGAUGCCGGCGCCACAGACCUGAUGUCGGACAUCAACCUCGGCGACCUGGACCUUGGCGACAUCAUCACCAACCCGGACAGCAGCAGCGAUGGCGGUCUCGGCGGCAUGGUCUCGACCCUGGCCACGAUCCUGUCCAAUCCGGGCGCCAAGGAAGUGAUCCCGAACCGGUACAUUGUCGUGUACAACAACACGUACGACGACGACGCCAUCGAGGCCAACGUGAUGCACUUCACAUCCGAGGUUAAGAAGCGCAACCUCAACAAGCGCUCGCUGUCCGGCAAGCUGCUCAGCACCGAUGUGCACUCGUAUAAGAUGAACUCGUGGCGCGCCAUGACGCUCGACGCCGACGACGACAUGAUCAUGGACAUUUUCAACUCGGACGAGGUCGAGUACGUCGAGGCCGACACCCAGGUCCACGUCUCCGCCCUCCUCGCCCAGACCAACGCCCCCGUCGGCCUCAACCGCCUCUCCGCCUCCGCCGCCGGCAGCGACCGCUACUUCUUCGACUCAUCCUCCGGCGAGGGCAUCACCGCCUUUGUCGUCGACACGGGCGUCAAGAUUGAGCACACCGAGUUUGGCGGCCGCGCCACCCGCGGCGCCAACUUUGUCCCCGGCGAGGGUGACGACGACCUCAACGGCCACGGCUCCCACGUCGCCGGCACCAUUGCCGGCAGCACCUUUGGCGUUGCAAAGGCCGCCAACGUUGUCGCCGUCAAGGUCCUCGGCGCCGACGGCGGCGGCUCCAACUCGGGCGUCAUUGACGGCAUGCAGUGGAUCAUUGACGAGGUCGAGAGCAAGGGCCUGCGCGGCAAGGCCGUCAUGAACAUGUCCCUCGGCGGCGGCUUCUCCGAGGCCCUCAACCGCGCCAUUGAGCAGCUCUUCAACGCCGGCGUCGUCCCCGUCGUCGCCGCCGGCAACGACGGCAUCGACACCCGCAACUCGAGCCCCGGCUCCGCCCCCAACGCCAUCACCGUCGGCGCCAUGGACGCCCGCGACGACACCAUUGCCGCCUUCUCCAACACGGGCCCCAGCGUCGACGUCUUUGCCAGCGGCGUCGACGUCCAGAGCGUCGGCAUCCGCAGCAACACGGACACGGCCAUCCUCAGCGGGACUUCGAUGGCCUCCCCCCACGUCGCCGGCCUCGCCGCCUACCUCAUGGCCUUCCAGAACCUCAGCGAUCCCGCCGAGGUCGACCAGGCCAUCAAGAACCUCGCCACGAACGCGGGUGGCAGCGUCCGGGGCGUCGACGCCAUCACCACGGAUCUCAUCGCCAACAACGGCAACACCUUUCAGUAG